GUCGCGUUCUCCGCCAUCUUGUUUAAUCUUCAGAAAUUUGUGUGUGGCAUUUUCUACAAAGAAACCAAGAGAACAUGGCGUAUAAAGGACAGAAAGUUCAGAAAGUUAUGGUCCAGCCUAUUGUAUCCUUUUAAAAUCUUUAUAGAGAGAAUUUAGUUAAUGCUAAAGGCAGCAAACCCUUGACGUUCGCUAAGCACGUGCUUUGAGAUCAAGCUUCGUUUGGUAAGCUCACAUAAAACUUGUGGAACUUAAAAGUAGCUGUAGCAAAUAGAUCGCUCAUGAUCUUGAGUUACGUGUUAAGUUUUCAGGAAGUGGGUGGCGAUCAUUCAAAAUUUGAAGUUCAUUUGUUUUGGGAGUUGAAAAAACGAAGGUACGCUACAAACAAGCUAUAAACAUGUUGUCAAACCAACAAUUUGUCAAACCAACUUCUGUUUGUAUGAAAUAAAACAAUAGACCCAGGAAAGCAUAUUACUAGGAAUAAUCAAAGAUUAGCGAGUGAGGAGAGUUCUGAGCUUAAGUUAAGUUGCACUGGGAGGCUAGUAGAGGGAACUUUAAGUAGAAUCAAAGAGGCCCUGCCAGGGUAAAUUCCGACAAGGGACAUGGCCAAAAAAGUAGCGACAGCGCGUAAAAUGAAAUCAUGACAAGAGGCAAUCUCCCUCGGCCAAAUUACGACAGUGACGGGAAAGCCGACAAUAAGCGACAAGCAUUAUAAACACCGACACGAGACAUUUUAAAAUUCAGACGGGAGACAUGGGACCCCCCCUGGCAGGGCCUCAUCAAAGCAAACCCCUUUGAAACCCACAGGGCAAAGUUGGCCGAGGUUCCAUAACCUGUUUCCUUGCUAGCAGAGGUCUCUUUUUACUUUGUAUUCAGUGAAUGAUAGCAGCUUGAAAGUGGCCUGUGCUAGCAGGGAUAUAACAUGUGCAACGAAAUCAUUAUUUUGUGUGGUGCCCUCAACUCUAGAAAAUUGUUGAGUUGAAAGGUGACAAUACUACAGAUAAACACACCUCCACAAAAUAAAAAUGACUGAUGAAUCCUCUCUGAGCAAGGUUUUGUUGACUUCUUUGAAAAAUUUGCUAUGCUCCCAGUGAUCUCGCUUUACUUAUCCUGAUCUUGGUCAUCCUAAGGGAAUGUACCCUUAGGGCUCAUCCACAUGUAGAAAAUGGAAAGAAAACUCUCUGUUUUCAAAAAUAUUCUCUGUGUGGAUGGGGCCUUAGCUGCUUGUUUUUCUUCUUUUUUUAGAAAUUUUUGUUUGCAUCUUUAAUGUUUGUCCUAUUAUUUUGAUGUAAAGCCCUACAGAUGCCUAAUGAACUCUUUGAAAGAGCAGCUUUGUAAAGGUCAUGUAUACAUUUUCCUUAACUUUCUGUUCCACAGAAUUUGAUCUUUCGGUACUUGCAAAAUGUAAGUAUUGUUUAAAUAGUAACUGUUAUUGUAAUAAUUUUUCUAGUUUGUUUACUACAUCUACCAUUACCAUUAAAAUACAGUGUUGAUUUUUAUAGAUUUGCUAACUUCUUAUUAUAAUAGUGAGUUUAUGCAACAGGAUGGCAGAAAGAAGAGGGUGGCAAAAUGCUUGUGUGUGACAAACGUGACAGGCAUGUUACUUAUGUGUUUUGUGGUGAUCUUCACUUAAGUUAGUGUUUUCUGGUCUGUUAGAAAAAGACCCAUUUAAUUAAAGGAAGAUAAACUUCAGCAGAAACGUUUUUCAAACAAAAUUAUUGUCACGCUUGUCACACAAGUUUUACCAUCUUCUUCCCUCUCUCGUCCUGUUUCAUAAGCUCACUAAUAUUAUUUGUUUUCUCAGAGGUCAAGAAUUCAGAUUUGGCUUUAUGAGCAAGUCAACAUGAGGAUUGAAGGCCAUAUCAUUGUGAGUCACUGAACCACUCAAUGGAAUGUAACAGUACUACAGUGGAACCCUGUUAAUGCGACCACUGUUGGGCCAUAAAAUCCUGGUCGUAAUAACGAGGUGGUCGCAUUAACGGGGUCUUCAAAAUAAUAAACUGAGUCAAUUGUUUUUUACGUUUGGUUUGAAAGAAUAUGGCUGUAAUAACGAGGUGGUCUUAUAAACGGGGUGGUCGUAAGGCGAGGUUCGACUGUACCAGUAUAUUUAGGGCCGUUUCCAACAGUCAGAACCAGGCGACUAGAUCAGUAAUUUUGGAAAUGAAAAGCUAGUCUUUUCUCAAAAUUUUUACUUAAACCCAUCACAUCCCUGUUAUACCAUUUUAAGAUAAACUGAACUGGCUGUACAAUCCUGAUUAAUAUUCUGUACUAUUACUAAUACUAUUGAUAUUUAUUUUUUAAUUUAUUAUUUAAUAUUUGCAAUAUUAAUAUUUAUUUUUAAUUUAUUGUCGAAAGUAUUACCAUCUUAUUGCCAUCUUCCAAUUCAAGAGUAAAUAAAGAUUAUUGCAGGGUUGUCAAAAUGCGCCGGCGACCAGCGUUAUCGACGGCUACUUUGAAAGUUUCGCCAGCUAUAAAUUGUUGGAGAAAAGCGUAAACAUGAACGAUUAAAAAAGUUAUAAAAUAGAAAUAGAAAAAGGAAUUGUUUCAAUCGUGCCCAAAUGUUCUUUUUAGUGAUUUUUGAUGUGAUUUCGUAGUAGCCGUAAUAUGAUACCACGAAGGGAAGAAAAAUAGCAUAAGUUUGUUUACAUUGUCUAGCUAUCUUUAAAUAAUCUUUCGCUGAGAAUGAAGAAAGAAAGACACACAAAAGCUUUUGAGCAUCUGUUUUUUGGAAAAUUGUCUGUGUUGACGUUCCAUUUUCUAUUUUAAAACAACUGUAAAACAAACUUAUGGUUUUCACACUCAUCCGGCACGCAUGUGCAUGUGAAAUCGAAUGAAAUGUAAUGCGAUGCGUACUUGUCUUUUAUGAAAUUGGCUGACAAAGAUAGAAAACAUUGGUUUUAAAAUAUUAUCACAGAACCAUUUUCUCAUUCGUUAAAAAUUGUUAUCAGCUUGUCAUGAAAUAUGUCCUGGAUAACACGUCACAUUACAUAAUCACUUCAUCAAAACAACUCUGUGUUGCAAUGAAUCGAAAACGAAUCCUUUUAAGGAUUCGUUAAAAAUGAAUAUGCACUGGAAACGGCAGUUUUGAAACUGAAACAAAAAUGUGUUUAACGUAGUUUGCUGUGAUUAAAAUUUGUCAGAUGUGUAGAACAUCAUUUUAGUUUUUUAUGAAUUGAUGCUGAUGAAAGAGAAGGGUAUGUUACAUGUGCAGACAGGAUUUGUUAUAAUAUACCCACCACAAAAAGUUGUCUGAAACUUCAUUCUUAUAGAGAAAAUCGCCCAUAAGAAAAGCAUUUUGCGGCAUCAAAGUUUGAAUUGCGUAUGUGCCGAUAACGCAAUGCAACUAAAGAAAAUAAUGAUAUGUUAUCAUUAUAAAAAAUCCUACUGUAAAUAGUAAAUGUUAUUGUUGUAAUAAAAAAUAUAUGGAACUAGCAUGUACUAGGACAUAAGAAAAUGGAUUAAUGAUUUUCAUUCAAAAACAGAUACUUCUCUUGUUAACAUUGCUCUCAGCUCAGGAGAGCCAAUUUCAGCAACGUGAAAACCUCAAAUCUGUUUUGCUUCCGGGGGCUUCUCCCCCUGGACCCCUAACGGGCACUUCCCCUGUACCCCGCUGGGGGCCUCUGGAGGCCAGUGGCAGUUACUUUCUCUUAUUCUCCUGCUACUUGAAAUCUUUUUGACAACCCUGGUUAUUGAUUGAUUUGAUUGAUCCUUAACAUUGGACUGGUCUGACCAGCCAGUUCUAACAAAAGGUAGGUGCCCUUAGGUUUCCUCUCAUAGUGCUUUUACGGAAUUGUACAAAACAAAAGACUGUGACAAAAAUGGCAACAUUAUUAUAAUGCCCUUUGUGUUACGUUCUCAUCUAUUUUAUUGAAAUAAAAUUUUUCAUUUGAAUUUUCAUCACUUGUAGGGUUUUGAUGAGUAUAUGAAUCUUGUGUUGGACGAUGCUGAAGAAGUCCAUCUAAAGACCAAAAAGAGAAGACCACUUGGUAUGUUCAUGCAUGAGAUUAGAUACUAUUGAAAAUUAACUGUAAACUGCCAGACAGACUCAGAGAUGUACUGGGUGAGCAGGAAGGUACUUUAUUACAUGAAAUUUUGGCGACACUUUAAUUUUGGGAAUUUAGGGAUUUUUCUUAAAAUGGCUAAAUUAAAAUGCUCCAAAAUUACGUGUUACUAAAAUAAGGUGAGUACAAUAUGUUAUACUACUACAUGAGAAAUUUCUGCAAUUUGAUUGGCUUAGAGCAGUGGUAUUUCAGCUUAAUUUGAAAUACCUACAUGUGAAAAUUACAAACCUUGCGGGUAGUAGUAUAAACAAAUAAUAACAUGAUUUGUAGGUGACCUUUGGCAUAAAUACCACUCGUGAUAUUUCAAAAUUGUCUCAAAUUUCACUCACCUAAUGGCUCGUGAAAUUACAUAUAACAAUUUUGAAAUAUCACUCGUGGUAUUUAUGCCAAAUAUCACUACAAAUCAUGCUAUUACCUAUACAAAUCCAACCAUCUGGUCAGUUUCACACUCAUAUGCUAUUUGAUGGUCAAUUAUGAUGUGUAUCAUUGCUAUAAGUGCUUUAUUACCUUCAUUUCUCUCAAGGCUUAAACUGUGUUUCUAUAGUUUUACAAGUGUCAGUUUCUUUUUAUUAUGUACGAUUUCUAUAUUUUUAUUUUUUUUAACAAAUCACAAUAAUUUUACUGUAGUGUGUGUUCCUGUAGUGUUUCCAUUAUUUGUUUCUUACAUUUUUCUAUAUAAAUAAUUAGCUUCUAAUUAGUAGUAAUACAUUUUGCAUUUUUAAAUGAAGAUAUGAUCAUCGCAAUGGUACUGCAAAUUAACCCGCAAAAAAUUUCGGGACUUCGGCAGCAUUCAACCCAUGGCAUCUGUGUUAGCUCUGCAGUGCUCUAACCAAUUUGGCUGUGAAGACCCAUACACUAGGAGCAGGCCAAUUUGUUGAGUUCAUCUGAACCCGUGUAUAGAAUGAAACAUGAAGAUGAUGUGAACUGCGGAAAUACAAAUUUGAAAAUGAAGAUUUGAUUGGCACAGUGGUAACUUCAAUUUUAGCAAUAUAUUGCAAAUUGAAAUCCGGAAUUUUUUUUUCCGGGAUAAUUUGCAAUUUCUUAAAUUGCAAUAAUUAUUACCACUGUGAUGACCAUAUCUUCAUUUAAAAUUUGUAUUUCUGCAGUAGUUUUUUUUGGGGUGCGUAACCAACAUAAUGUAUAUAAUAAAUUACAAUAAAUAUUUACUGUUCUGGUACAGUGUCCAGGUGAUAUUGUACCUUUUUCAUUUUUAAUCUUUACGCUGAUUUCCAUAUUUUUCCAUUCUUAAAUUUUAGGGAGAAUAUUAUUGAAAGGAGAUAACAUCACCCUUCUCAUGAACACACAACCAAGCUGA